AUGGCUGCAUCGCUGAUACCGCUGGUCGCUCGCGACCCACGGACCCGUGACUGGUGGUUCGUCGGAGGCAACGUGCCAUUGUUGGUCGCAAUUCUUUCGACGUACGUGUACUUCGUGAAAGUCGUUGGGCCGCGAUUUAUGCGAGACAGGAAGCCCAUGGAUCACCUCAAACCGCUCAUUGUGUUCUACAAUGGGGCCAUGACGGUGACCAACAUAUACUUCUGCUACCACUUCUUCCGACGGUCUUACUUCGGUGGUGGAUACAGUUUCCUGUGUCAGGGCAUCGAUUUCGAAGCUCGCGACGAGACGACGAUGGAGUUGUUGGAACUGUGUUGGUGGUACCUGUGGGUUCGCGUUGCAGACUUCUUGGACACGGUGUUCUUUGUUCUUCGCAAGAAAGAUGCGCACGUCUCGUUCUUUCACGUCGUCCAUCAUUGCUUGGUCGUUUUCAACGGGUGGUACGGUGCUGGGUACGGCCCGGACGGACAGGUCAUGCUGGUGAUUUGCUUGAACAGUUUCGUUCACGUCUUCAUGUACUCUUACUAUCUGUUGUCGCUUCUGGGACCCUCGGUGAAAAAGUACCUCUGGUGGAAGAGGUACCUGACUCAACUUCAGAUAGUGCAGUUCUUGAUCCUUUGCCCGCACGGUAUUGUCCCGCUCUUUAAAGACUGUGGUUAUCCGAAGAUGCACGUGUAUUUAGCGAUUCCUCAGGGAAUCUUCUUUCUCGGAAACCUCGUCAACUUUUAUAGGGAAGCGUACAACAGAAAGCGAAGCGAGCGGAUUUCUCAGAAGGCGGAAUAAUGAAAGGCAAUUGCUUAAAUUAAAUCGAGUAGAAAAUGCUGUAAAACAAUUAAAGUUUGCGAUCUCCCAUUUUCGUGAUUUUCGCGAUUGAAAGAGUUCGCAAAAUUUCAAUCAGAAAUUGACGCUUCAGUGCUGCGGAGCACAAUCUUGUUUUCGUUUCCACUUUCUCUAGCUAGGUGUCAUGGUAGAAGUAAGAAUUUGAACUACGUUCCGGCACAGUGCCGCUGUCACCGAAUGCCGUACGGGCAUUCUUGGGGAGGGAAAUAUAUUUAUUACAAAAAGAAGAAGAGAAAAAAAAGAGAAAGUAGGAAAUGUGAUGACCAAACGGAGUGUCGGCUUGCUAUUCCACAAAUAAGCGAUAAACAAAAUAAGUGUCAAAAUAAAACAAAAAGAGAGGCGAGAGGAGGAUGACAGAGAGGAAAAAAGACAUUCGAGGUUUUAUCGCUAAGUCACAGAUUGUCGCAUCCCAGAGUUCGUGAAAUGUAGUGGCCGCGAAUGUGUGUCAUGCGUCCCCGUUUCGCCGAACAAAAUUGGGGCUGCGAAAAUGAAGAGUUUUUUACAGUACCGAAGAAACAAAAUAGCACGAGCGAUCUCCUGCGUGAUUUCUUCAUUCAUUUCUCAAAAGGUAUCUAGUCGCUUUACACGUGCACCCUGUUGUGAACGUUGCUUGUUUUUGUGUUCUUGUUUUGACCUAGAGUCACUAAAUAAGCUAUGCUUAUUUAGUGACUCUAUUAUGACCCUCCUGCAUGACCUAUAAAUGGGGGUGUAGUGUGGAGUAAUAAAUAAAUAUAUAAACAUGGCAACAGUUUUCU